AUGGCCAUGCUUUCAAUUGGAAUUCCUUUGUUUGGCAAAAAGAAAAAAUGUGGAUUGCGGCCACCAUCAUUUCAACCCUCUAGCUAUUUAGAUCCAAAAGUGGGGGGUGUUCCAAUUAUUCCCCUGCCAUUUGAAGCUUCUUUCAACGAAAAAAUUAACCUCCAGUGUCAGACAUGCCAAAAAUCUUUGUUUUUGCUCUUUCAAGCUUGCACGCCAUUCGAUCGAGAAGGCAUUGACAGGAUCUUGUUUGUUUUUGAAUGCAAUAAUUUUGAAUGCACCCGCUCCAGUGAGAGCAUCGUUGCGUUUGCUGCAUAUUUGAGGGUGCCGAAGACCCCCGUUCCACAUGUAACUACUAGUCUCCAUACAGGUCCAAAGAAAGAUGCGCCAAUAAAAAAAGAAGCUAAACUUUUCAAUCCGUUUGUUAUUGAAAAUGUGGUCACAAAUUGCCCUGCUCAAGACAAACUAACUAUAAAAGAGGACGAUGAGCUUGUUUUUAUCUCAAAGCCCUUUCCUUUGCCACGAAAAUUUACAGCCUAUCCUAUUGAAUUUGAGGAACGAGAUGUGUUUGAAAUGGACGAUAUCGCCAACUCUGAUAGCGAAUCUGACACGCAAGGCGAUGAUUUAGAAAACCUUGCGCAAAAUCUUUCCCUGACAAAAGAAAUUUUUGGCAAUCAUCUGCAUGAAGAUAGUGAAACGCUUGGCUUCGAGAACGAGAGUUUUGAAAGAAUCCUACCGCCAAAUCUUGAUGAGAAUUUUUAUAAUUUUGAAAAAACCAUCUUAAAGGAACCUUGGCAAGUGAUAAGGUAUUCUUGGAAUGGCUUUCCGCUUUUGGCUCAGUCACCGGUCAAUGCUGAUUUCAGGUGCCAUUCCUGCAGUUCCCCGCUUGUUUUUGAGUGCCAGCUUAUGCCGGCCCUUCUGCAUCUUUUACAAACAGAAAAGGAGGCCUCCAUUGGUCUCAACUCGGACUCAACCAUUAACGAAAAUAGCAAGGGAAUGGAAUGGGCCACCAUUCUCAUUUAUUCCUGCUCAUCUGAUUGUGGGGCAUCAAAGCUUCAGAGCAAUCCGGAUCGCCAAGAUGCACAGGAUGCACAAGAUGAGCAUUGCAUUAUUUUUUGUAAUGCAAUCAUUCAACAUGAGCCUAAUUCUUGA